AUGCGAAAAGUUCGCUCUACAAGUGGAUUAGCGAGAGAGACCCCAGGCAGGCUCACACAACUCGACAACGAAGAGGGUCAAGAGAGCCCAUCUACUCCAAAGGAGGAGGAUGGAAUUGCGCCUACCUUGCUUCCGCUUUCCGAUCUUGAGAACUCUAUCGUUGGAUGGGAGAGUCAAGAUGACCCAAAGAUGCCCUUAAACUUCUCAGCGACCCGGAAGUGGGUAAUUGUAUGGGCGCUGUCGGCCAUUACUUUUAUGUCGCCCUUCUCAUCGUCCGUCCUAGCUCCCGCUAUCGAGUACAUCAGCAAAGACUUCCAUAACUCCAACGCUACGUAUGGUGCAUUCCCAGUCAGCAUUUAUCUGUUGGGUUAUGCCACGGGACCUUUAUUACUCGCCCCCCUUUCUGAGAUCUUUGGCCGUUGCAACGUGCUCACUUAUUCUAAUAUUUUCUUCUGCUUAUGGCAUAUCGGAUGUGCUUUAUCCCCUAGUCUCGCGAUACUGAUAGGAUUUCGAUUCCUGGCUGGUAUUGGAGGUAGCGGCUGCAUGACACUCGGAGGCGCCAUCAUUGGCGACCUAUUCCCCGUCGAGAAGCGCGGCAUGGCUCUCUCUCUGUGGAUGUUGGGACCACUCAUAGGGCCAACAGUAGGCCCAAUAAUAGGUGCUUUCAUUGCCGGAUCUAUUGGAUGGCGUUGGUCGUUUUGGAUCGUGCUGAUCCCGUCUGCUAUUAUUACUUUCAUUUUGGCCAUUUUCCUCCCCGAGACGAACCACAACGUCCUCUUACAACGGAAGGCUAAGCGUUUAAAUAAAGAGCUGAAGCGAACGGACCUUAGGACUUGCUACGAUGCUGGAUCCGGAAAAUCAUCUCAACUAAAUAUCAUGAGAGCUGGUAUGCUGCGGCCACUGAAGAUGCUUGUGUUGACGCCUAUGAUUUUUAUACAGUCUCUAUAUGUAUCUUUCAUCUACGGAUGCGUCUAUUUGAUGUAUAACUCUAUCCCACCGACUUUCGAAACUCGUUACGGAUGGAGUACCGGUAUCUCCGGAUUGGUUUUUAUCUCUAUCGGCGUGGGUUAUAUGGUCGGCCUUUGGAUUUUCUCAGUGAUGUCAGACAGAACAGUAGUCCGCCUGACGAAAGCUAACGGCGGAGCAUUCCAACCGGAGUUCCGCUUAACCAUUAUGAUUUGGUACUCAUUCCUCUGCCCGCUCUCAUUUUUCUGGUACGGAUGGUCAGCUCAGAUGAAGACGCACUGGAUCGUGCCGGUCCUAGGCCUGCUUCCUCUCGGCUUUGGUGUGAUUGGAGUCUUCAUGCCUACACAAGCCUAUAUUAUCGACGCUUAUCCUUCGUACGCUGCGUCGGGGAUAGCUGCCUUCACUGUCUUGCGCAGCGUCAUUGCUGCGUUUCUUCCUCUAUGCGGACCGGCACUGUUUGGUAACCUAGGGGUAGGCUGGGGGAGCUCCGUUCUUGGCUUUGUCAGCGUGGCUAUGAUCCCUAUCCCUAUCAUCAUAUUCAAGUUUGGUGCGCAGCUAAGAGAGAAAUACCCUCUAAGACUUUAA